AUGGUCGGGUCCCCGCAAGGUCAUUCUGUCCUGAGGGGUGUCCGCCAUAAUGGCAUCGCCCUACACGUGCUGUCUUCCUCUUAUCAUACCGGCCUCUCAUUGGACCAUUCCCGCUCAAUCUUUGCCAAUAUGGCCGUCAUUAAACCAUCGGGUUUCGUCACGUAUUGUCAUCCUACCAUAUCAAACACAAAACCUCGAUGGGCUGGUAAAUAUGACAAGGCGUGCUCGAAAUACAAUAGAAGGGUUUACUAUAAGAUCGCGUUAUGA